GGGGGGCGGUUCAGCGGCGGGGAUGGAGGAGAAGGAGCAACUGCGGCGUCAGAUCCGCCUGCUGCAGGGUCUCAUAAAUGACCAUAAAAACAUCCAUGGAAAUGCACCAGUGCCCCCGCCCUCCAGGACUCCAAGGUGGAGAAAUCCCAGGCAGACUGCCUUCAACAGUCAGGGAGCAUUCUCCGCAAGUUAUUCUCAGCAAACUCCAAGGGAUUUCCAAUCACCUCAAGGUAACUCCUGGAGGAAAAAAUACUCCCUUGUAAACAGACCGCCUGCAUCAACACAUCAUCCUGGAAGCAGUGCAUCUGCUAACGCACUUCAGGCUUUUGUGAGCCAAAGGAAUAACCAGCCUCCUGGGCCACAGGGAACAGGCUCAGAAAGGCAAGUGGGCUUAGCAACAGGUGGUAUAGUCAUAGGAGUCAAACUGCCACAGAGGACCAACUCAGCCUUGGACAAUAGGAACGUUAGUGAGUUGGGAUCCCAGCAGAGUUCCUCUGGGAUGAAAGCAGCCGUAGCUGCUCCAAAAGGAAAUGAAAAGGUUCAUGAAAGUUCUAGCUUUCAAAGUGUUGCUCAAAAAGAGGACAAAGAAACGUCUCUCUCUGUCUCCCAGAGUUCAUUGCACCAGCCUGCUGUUGCUGGAGGCAGAGAUGACGCAAGCCCAGCAUAUGCGAAGGAACCGGGCAAACUUUGGACUGCAAAACUGGCUAAAAGUGCCCCUGAGUUACGUGACGUUAUCAGUGAAAGUGCCAUAGCAUUAAAAUCCAAGCCUCAACAGCCUUCAGCUCUUCCUGAUCGAGAAUCAGGCUGGCUGGUAGCCUGGAAGAAGCCAGUAGCACACGUUCCAGCUCACUGUAGUUCAGAGCAAGUCAUGGCAGGAAGAGAUACUUUGAAGGAGCCAAAGACCCUUGGAAAAUCUGAGGCACACACAAGCUCACUUCAGACUGUGACUUCAGAGGUUGGGAUAAACCCAGUGAAGAACCAGUUUGCAGUACCACACAAGCUACCCAGUUUCCAAAGAGCUGGCUCAGCGCCAGUCUCCAGUAAAGCUUCUAAGUUCAGGAAAACCAACUAUACGUGGGUAGCAAAUCCUAGUAAAUGCCCUCGUGCUGUAAAGAGAUGGACCAGCCCUAGAGCUUCUGAAAGCACUAGGAAGCUUUCUGUGGGAGCAGAGAGAACUGCGAAGCCACUGCCAAAGGGGGACUUGGGAGCAAAGCAGAAGAAAUCCGGAGGGCAUUUGAAGCUGGAUGCCUCUCCUAGUAAAUACAAGUGGAAAGCAUCCAGCCUACAGCCACCUUCUUCAGCUUCCAAGUCAGUGUUCAGGUGGCAGUCUGAGGGACGAAAGGAGGCUGGAGUCUCCCAGGUUUCCAGAGCCAACCUUGGCCUUCAGACUCUAAGCAGCGCAUCCAUCGGUCCUGGUGGGUUGAAGUCAUCUUUCAACGAUGCUGCACUUUCCACUUAUAAAGUGAAGAGCCGGACCAAAAUCAUCAGGAGAAAGGGGAGUUGCUGUUCCCCAACAGAUAAGAAGAGCAACUCCUUCCCCACAAUGCCCCCGAAAAGCCACUACUCUCUCAGGAAAAGAAACUCCCUGCGGGGAAGACCUGCACCACUGAAGAGAACCCUGCCCAAGGAGCUGGUGCAGAUCACCAAGCACAGGCUAUGCCGACUGCCAGCCUCUAGAAUGCAUAUCCCAGCCAAAGACGGGUCCAGCUUGCACCUUGUAAGGAGCCCUGUGGCUAAUAAAGUAGUACAGACUCGCUAUAGGAUAGUGAAGAAGAAUGUGGCUUCACCUUCAAGUUCGUCGUCAUCCUUCAGCAUUCCUGUUCCCAGCUGGAAGACAAGGCGACUUGUGACAUCCAGAUCUCUGGUAUUAAACCCAAUGCGCCAGUCACCCCUAGGCGGCAAAUCCCAGCAGCUGCAGCCGAGAUGGAGGAACAAAGGCUUUUGCUGUAUAGGAGGCGUGAUGUACAGGGUGUCAGCCAAUAAGCUCUCCAAAACCUCCAGCUCCCCAGUCAGGGGUGGCGACCCGAGUAACAAGCUCCACGGUAGAACAGCAAGGUUGGAUUGUACAGCCAGCAGCCUCGGUUAUUCUCCUCCCAGCUGUCUGCACAGAUCAGCUACGAGCCGAUACAUUGCAAGCCGAGCUGUUCAGCGGAGUUUAGCCAUCAUUCGUCAGGCCAAGCAGAAGAAAGUGAAGAAGGAGUAUUGUAUGUACUACAACCGCUUUGGCAAAUGUAACCGUGGGGAGAGCUGUCCCUACAUCCAUGAUCCGGAAAAAGUAGCUGUCUGCACCAGAUUUCUCCGUGGCACAUGCAAGAAGACUGACGGGACAUGUUCAUUUUCACACAAAGUUUCUAAAGAUAAGAUGCCAGUGUGCUUAUACUUCCUGAAAGGAAUCUGCAACAACAGCGACUGCCCCUACAGCCACGUCUACGUGUCCAGGAAAGCUGAAGUGUGCCAGGAUUUCCUCAAAGGCUACUGCCCCCUGGGCGAAAAGUGCAAGAAGAAACACACACUGGUGUGCCCAGACUUUUCCAAAUCCGGCAUCUGUCCAAAGGGCGCCCAGUGCAAACUCCAGCAUCCCCAGAGAAAGCAUCACCUCAGACAGCCCAGUACCUCAGGUGACUCCAACCAGGGCAGGUCAUCACCAAAGUGGAAGAGGCUGGGAGAGGAGGCAGUGAGGAGGGAUGCAGCCCACCUCCAGGAUGAUGGGGAGAUUCCUGGACCCUCCAGCGCAGAGCAGGGGGUAAAGUUUUGGAGUGACACAGACACCCCAGCAUGCAGCAGACUUCAGAAGCUCCCGUCUUUCAUCUCUCUCCAGUCACCUACCUCUCCAAGCGAGGUGGCAUGCACAGCUGACAGAGACAAGACAGGGGAGGAUACAGGGAAGCCGCUGCAGAUCAAGCCCAGGCUGUGAGGUCAGCUCCCUGGAUUCAGCAUCUCUCCCGCCCGCCUCAUGCACUGGUCCAUUCAACAGUCCAGCAGCCGAACACCUCAGGAAACCCAGCGGCCAGGCCGGGCCCGGCACCUACCUCAGGACAGCAAGACGGGAGGAGGCCUCCUCCUGAUUUGUGUUCCGUUUCGAUACGUUCAUUUGGCCUGGAACCUGGUACCAGUAAAUGACUCAGGUUCCCCCAGCCCGGUCGUGCAGAGAGGC